AGGAGGAGGAGGAAGAAUAAAAUCCAGAUCGAGAACUCGAGUUCUGCUCAGACUCGCUCACACUGUUGGGGAGGUAGUAGUAUUAGACAUUUUGAAGUGGUCAUCUUAGCAACAUGCGGAGAUCGCUCCUAAUUCUUCUGGUUUGUGUGGCAGGUGCCUUUGCUGGAUGCUCCGAGGAUGACCAGAUUGAGUGUAGAACAGACUCUAGAUGUACGAGAAUCGGCUAUAUAUGUGAUGGAGACAAUGACUGUGGAGAUUACUCCGACGAAGAGAGCGGACUCUGUGGGGUCUGGAGGAAUGACGACUGUGCCAGGGGCGAUGUUAGGUGCACCAGGAAUGGUGACACCAGUUGUAUUACCAUCAGGGAAUACUGCCACAAGACUAAUCCUCCCUGUUCAGGAGAUCUGGACAUGAGACUCUGCCAGAUGCUGGCAGAGGAGAAGCUGCAGAAUUUGGAGGACAUUAUUCUGCCAAGAGAUAGGGCAGAAUUCCAAGACGGAGGGGAAGUCAUCACUCAGAACCUCAAUGACACUCUUGUGUCAGGCACCGACUUUGAUUACUUGGUCCCACACACCAUCAAACACGAUGAUUGUCCCAACCUGUACACGAAAGUUGGGGAUAUCUGUGUCUCCCUCUUCUUUAUUGGCAACAUGACCUGGGGCGAAGCCAAUCAAUUCUGUGAGGUGAUUGGAGGCAAACUCUUCACGCCAGAAAAGAGUGAAGAAUUAGACAUCCUUGGCCGCCACAUGAGAGAGCAUCCCAUUUCCUCUGACUUCUGGAUUGGUGGAAACUUCUACAACAACACCCACGGAUGGAGGUGGACUGAUGGACGAGCCAUGGAACUCAGCACCUACCACUGGGCUCUCAGGCAUGAUUCGACCUGCUACCAACGAGAGCUGAAUUGGGAACACCGCAACGUCAAGGUCGACGCUAACGAUGGGGUCUGCUACAGCUAUUUCCAGGCUCCGUGGGUCAGCAAUCCUUACGGCAGCUGUGUCGCCAUGACUUACAAGAGGUUCUAUUAUCUCAGUGAUGAGGACUGCGGUCAGAAGAAGAGUCCUCUGUGCAAGAUCGUCAAAGCAUAGGGUACAAAGGACAUGAUCUUAUAGGCUAUAGAGGCUGUGAUCUUAUAGGCCAUGAGAACAUCUUGUUGCAUUGAGAGCAUUCGAUCUUACAGGCUAUAACAAAUGCAGUUUUAUGAGCUGUAGAUCUAGGACGUGAUCUUAUAUGCCAUAGGGAAUGUACUCUAAUGAGCUAUAAAAGGCAGCUUCUAGACAAGUGAUCAUUUAUACAGUAAAGAAAAUCUCAGAACAGAGUACAAGGGACAUGAUUUUAGUCUUUAAAGGUUUUAGAGGACAUAAUCUUGUGGAAUGUACAUUCUGUGAUCUUAGCCCAUAAGCAAUUACAUCAAAAUCUGAGCCUUUUAAAACAAUUUCUUUAGAAUUUACAACAUCUGUUUGUCAAUGCUGUAAUAACCAUUCUGAUGUAUUUUGAUAGCUGACUAAUCAUUUACUGAACUUA